CCGCCUAUCAUGAAGCGGCGGCCUCCGCUUUCCUCGACAUUUGAUCCUCCUCAUUCGGGAGUUCUCACUCCGGCUUGCCAAGCUUCCCAGCUUCCGUCGUUGUUAUCAACGACGACAUUUCGCUCGUCUUUCGCUGACCCUAGCUCGUCUCCCCAUCGGCAUCGUAUUCUCGCAACAUCUAUAUUCCCAUUGUGCCCCGUUCACCAGUCCUCUGCAGGUCAUGUAACUCAUGUCAAUGAUCUGCCCGUUCGGCACGGUCCGACGGACUUCAUCGUCCUACUUCCACGAUCGACAUGAAUGAUGAUAUUCGACCGAAAUACGCUAGUGCAAAAUUCCAUCAUGUGACAGAGACGGGCGGAAGAUAGAUAUACCGACCUAUUGUUUACACUCUGGUUUACAUUCUGGCUUACACUCUGGCUGUUCACCAAAACAUACAUUUAUGACCAUGGCAAUGGGUGACAUUGGGCAUCGGAUUCAGUGGGCCGACGAGGUUGUCGAUCUUGGCUUUGAGUACGCUAUAUAUGCCCCCUACGUCUCGUCCUCUUCCCCCGACACCCCACUCGAACACAAGUGACAGAAUGCUUCCUACGAAUACUCUUUUCUCUGUGUUGCUGUCUCUCGCCGUUGCGUCUGCUGCUGUCGUUCCUCGAGAUGCUUCAGCGUCCUUCGACCUGAACUCUGGUAGUGGUACUGCUGUAAAGGACCCAGCCCCUGUUGCUGUUUCCAUCGAGUUCUUUACCUUCCCCGGCUAUGUCCAAGAUCUCGACACUACAUCACAGUGUCUAAACAAUCUCGACCGGGCUGCUGGCGCAGCUACUCGAGUCCGAAUCGGCGGUACGACCCAAGACCGAGCAACUUACGAUCCCACGUCUUCCUCUGCCGUCAACUACUAUGUCGCCGACCCUGCCGAUGCCCCUGCUAACCUCACCUACGGCCCCUCCUUCUUUGACCUUGCCAGCAAGCUCAACGGACCCACUACUAUCGGAUUGAACAGGAGGUUGAACAAUAUCAAUAAUACUAUUGCGGCUGCGGAGCAGGCGGUGAAGACGAUGAACAACUUGUAUGCCAUAGAGCUAGGCAAUGAGCCAGACUUAUACUCUUCCUCUGACCCCAUCGCCGACGGUCAAUCCUGGACCCCCGCGCUCGACGCCCAAAUCCAAGUCGACUGGCAAAAGCAAGUAGCGACAUCCCUCAACAAGAAAGACAUCAUCCAAGGGGGAGUAUUCCUCCAACCUCCCAAGUUCUCCAUCCAAGAACUGGGUCCACUCGAGCAGUCCUCCGGUUCUAUUGACUAUGUCAAGUCUUGGGCAGACCAUGCAUACCCACAAUCCGCCUGUGGAGAUUCAACGACCAAUCUGGAGGGUCUACAGAACCACACGACUAUUGUGAACUUUGUGAAGGGCUUCGAGGCUGAGGUGACUGCUGCAAAGAGCCUUGGCGAGAGGCCAUUGUUCUUUGGCGAGACCAACUCUGCCACAUGUGGAGGAGGUGGAAUCUCGCCUACUUAUGGGGCUGCUUUGUGGAUUGUGGACUAUGUCUUCCAGAGCGUCAAGCUUGGGUACGAGAGGCUCUACUUCCACCAAGGUACCAUCGGUAACAGUCCUUACAGCUGGUGGGGCAAAUCUAACGUCUUUGCCCCUUACUAUGGUGCAUACUUUGCCGCUAGCGCACUCAAAGACGUCACUUCCAUCUCCCAGAUCGAUGACGGCUCCUCUCAUGUCGCCGUCUACGCCCUCCACUCGCAUGACUGCAUCUCCAAAGCUGUUGUCCUCAACACCUUUUACUAUCCCAACACUACCACCACUGCCCGUUCUUCUGAGGACAUCACUCUCACCGGGUUACCCAAUGGGGUGAAGAAAGCAAAGGCGAAGCGGUUGACGGCGGAAUACUCUACGUCUCAGGUGGAGUUGGGGCAGGUCCCGACGUUCGGUGGACAGACGUUUGACAAUGAGUCUUGUCAUGUGCAAGGGAAGGAGCAGUAUGAGACGGUGGAAGUGAAUAAGGGGCGGGCUACCAUUAGCGUCGCUGCUUCCGAGGCCCUUUUGAUCUACUUCUAGGUGCUUGGACGGUAGAUACUGUGUUCUUAUAGUAGUAUAAUAAAAUGAAAGGAAAUAAGAGAUAUAGGUAGUAACAACACAUAUCCCACAAAGAGUAAGAAGCAG